AUGCUCCUCCUCAUAAACAAUCGCGAUGUAGGGCAAGAGGUUAUGGAAAGCUAUUCACGGGUGAUUGAAAGUUUAGCUUUUAAUUUAAUGGCGAGGAUUGAUGAUAUGUUAUACGUAGAUGAUUCUACCAAGAAACAUGCUGCAGUGGAGGCUGGUCUUCAUCUUCAACUGCCGAGAUUUCAUGGCUUCUCAUCGUCAUCUUCCAUGGUGGGACGACCGACGUUUGAUUCUUCUCAUUGCUCUAGAAAAUCAUUUACAGAAAUAUGCGCAGAUGGAGAAUCUGGUAUUCAGGGAAAUAAGGGAGACAUAUAA